UAUUGUCGAGACAAUGCCGUCGAGCGUGCCUAAGGAGUCUGCGCUGGGGACUUGCAAGCAGUGUCAGGUCAAUGAUGCGGUGGAAAAUGUUCGAUCUCGGCCAAUGUGCAGGGAUUGCUUCUGCAAAUAUAUCGCGACAAAGGCUGUAAAGCGCAUGGAAAAGUUCCGCACAAGGUUUUCCACGGCAGGCCAGCAACGAAUGCUACUGCUACCUCUCUCGAUGGGUGUAUCUUCGCUGGCACUGCUACACUGUCUGGACGAGCAACUCAAACGCCAGAUUGAAAACACAGGACGCACUGGAUUCGUACUGCAAGUGCUACACGUAGACAUGACUGCCGUAGUGCCCGAAGGACCUUCAACAACAGACCUCGACGCCAUCAAAGAACGCUACCCAACACACACAUACACAUCCAUCCCCAUCUCCUCGGUCAUGGAAGUAGAAGACGUACAAGACCUGCUCAAAGAAUACGGCAUCGACACCCCCGCCACCGCCACCGCCGCUCUCAAUUCCUCAGGCCUCGAAACCACAAACCUCCAAUCCCUACAGUCCCUCCUCCACGCCAUCCCCACCGCCACCGCCCGCGCCGACGUCCUCCAAAUCCUCCUCCACAAACUCAUCGUCGAUUUCGCAAAAGCAGAUAUCUGCGAAGCCAUCCUCUGGGGCGACAGCACAACCCGCCUCGCCGAAAAGACACUAGCCGAAACCGCAAAGGGCAGAGGUUUUGCUUUGGCCUGGUUGGUAUCUGACGGCCCUUCUCCCCAUGGAAUCGAUUUCUACUACCCUCUACGCGACCUGCUCAANAAGGAGAUUCACGCUUAUGCGACAUAUGUGAACCCACCGCUUACACCGCUGGUUGCCCCCGAAGCGCCUCUGGAAACGGUGGUGAGUGCAAAGCACAGUACUAUCGAUGGACUCAUGCGCAACUACUUUGACGCCGUGGAGAAAAAUUAUCCCAGUAUUGUUGCCAAUGUGGUGAGGACGACUGCAAAAUUGCAGGCCCCUGGUGCCGGAGACGCGAGUUGCAGUCUUUGCGGUUUGCCUUUGCUGUUGACGCCGAGGACGGAAGAAGGGCUGGUUGCAGAGGGCAAGGCUCCGCCGCCGCUGUGCUAUGGUUGUAUGAGGAGUGUGCCCAUGUUUUCGCCU